AUGCGCGCAUCGUUCGAGUACUCUGGACAGAAAUGCUCUGCUUGCUCGAGGAUCUACCUGCCGAAAAGUCGAGCAGAAGAGUUCUUGACCGAGCUCAAGCAGCAUCUGGGAGACAUCAAGAUGGGCGACCCGGAGGACUUCUCGAACUUUCUAGGACCUGUGAUCAACCAGUCCGCCUUCGAUCGGAUCACUGGCGUCAUCAAAGCGGCCAACGAGGACUCCCGCUUGACGCGGGUUGCUGGUGGCAGCUUCGGUGGCAGCAGAGGCUAUUACAUCGAGCCCACAGUUUACCUCUCGAGCACCCUCGAACAUGAGCUCUUUGACAGGGAGCUCUUCGGUCCCGUCCUGGUGGCAUACGUAUACGAGGAUGCCGAGUUCGAUGCUCUCCUGAGCACGAUUGACAAGCAAGGCGGCGGUUUCGCUCUGACGGGCGCGAUCUUCGCGAACGACCCCGUAGCGAUUCGGAAGGCAGAAGAGAAACUGAGAUAUGCCGCUGGCAACUUCUACACCAAUUGCAAAACGACCGGCGCUGUGAUCGGACAACAGUCCUUCGGCGGCGCACGGAGUAGCGGGACGAAUGAUAAGGCGGGCAGUGCCGAUUCCUUGAGGAGGUUCGUGUCGCCGAGGACGCUGAAGGAAGAGUUCAACCGGUUGGACACCGUGUUAUAUCCUAGCAACUUGUAG